CAAACCUCUUUUCAUUUGUUUAAGGUUACCAAAACUUGUUUGAUUUGAGGUUCAAAGUAUAAGAAGGAGAAUGAGUAGGUUCAGGAGUAUUCCUCACUCUUAACUCCUGUUCCUUUGUUGUUUGUCUUCCUCUGCUAUGGAUGAAUUCUCAGCUCAUGAACCACUAAUCUCCAAUGGAGGAUUUAAGGAUUUACAAUCAAAAAACAAGCCCUUUAAGCUUGUUCUUGUUAAAUGGCUUCUCAAGUCUCUAAUGUGGCUGAUUUUUGUACUUUGGGUUGCUGUUAUAUUUUUCCUUCCUUCUAAUAUUGUCAGGGGUUUGUUCUUAAUAUUCAUCCAGGCUUCUUCUCAACAUUCCUUUUUUGGAAUCACAGGAUCUGUCUUUCUUCUUUUCAGUGUUCCGAUACUCAUUCUCGUCUUUCUAGCAUUUAUCUACAUCAGUGUUUUUCCAAGCGAUGAUUUCGAGGGAAGGAAUUCUAAGCCACCAAGGUUUCGGUUGUGGACAUUCCCUAUAAUUGUUGAUGGACCUUUCGGUGUUGUUUCUGCUGCAGAGUUUAUUGGAAUACUCCUGUUUUCAGCAUAUGUUCUCUAUAACAUUAUUGAUGAUAGCAUACAGAAUCAAGAGCUCAUUGCAAGAGAGUUUUCUGUGACUGGAAAAGAGAGAAGUUACCUGAUGAUAGAACUUACUGGUCUUCGGCUUGGCUCAAUUGGGUUGUUCUGCAUGGCAUUCUUAUUUCUCCCUAUUGCAAGGGGUUCGGUUCUUCUCCGAAUGAUCGAUAUUCCAUUUGAACAUGCUACUAGAUAUCAUGUUUGGCUUGGACAUCUCACAAUGGCUUUAUUUACUUUACAUGGUUUAUGCUAUGUCAUCGCUUGGGCAUUAGAAGGACGUCUAAUUGAAAAGAUUCUAGAGUGGAAAGAUGAUGAAAUUGCUAAUCUUCCUGGUGUAAUAAGCUUGUUAGCUGGUCUGUUAAUGUGGGUGACAUCUCUUCAUCCUGUGAGAAAGAACUACUUUGAGCUCUUCUUCUACACUCAUCAACUAUAUGUUGUAUUCAUCGUCUUCUUAGCGAUGCAUGUUGGAGACUUCAUUUUCUGCAUGGCAGCCGGAGCGGUAUUCCUUUUCAUACUAGAUCGUUUUCUGAGGUUCUGUCAAUCUCGAACAACUGUUGAUAUCAUUUCAGCGGCAUGCCGUCCUUGUGGAACUAUAGAAUUGGUCUUUUCAAAGCCAUCAAAUCUUCGGUACAAUGCUCUCAGUUUUGUUUUCCUUCAAGUGAGGGAAUUAUCAUGGCUUCAAUGGCAUCCCUUCAGUGUUUCAUCGAGUCCUUUGGAUGGUCGUUACCAUAUCUCGAUUCUUAUAAAGGUUCUCGGCGAAUGGACGGCGAAACUGAGAGACAUUGUUUCAGCGAACUCAGAUCAACUUCAAAUUAAAAAAAUUACAGCUUCUGUUGAAGGACCUUAUGGACAUGAAUCUCCUUACCACUUGAUGUACGAAAAUCUUAUUCUGGUAGCUGGAGGCAUUGGAAUUUCACCAUUCUUGGCCAUAUUAAGUGAUAUCAUUAAUCGGAUAAAUGAGAGAAGGCCUUGUUUACCAAAGAAUGUGUUAAUUGUUUGGGCUGUUAAAAAAUCAAAGGAGCUUUCUCUUAUUUCUGCUGUCAAUGCACAAUCCAUCCACUCUUCUUUUUCUGAUAAAUUGCAGCUGGACAUUCAAGCUUAUGUAACUCAAGAAUCAGUACCACCUUUGGAAGAAGGAAAACUUCAUGACAUAUCAAGCAUAUCAUCCUUCUCUGUGAUAAAUGGUCGAAACAUGUCAUGUUUGGUUGGUACCGGAAACAAUAUGUGGUCGGGAAUGUAUGUUGUUGUCUCUACACUUGGCCUCGUCGCAAUCUACAGUUUGCUCCGAGUAUAUUACAUUAAACCUUUCCAUGUAUCUACUCGGUGGUACCUGGGACUUCUCUUUGUGUUAAUGAUGGUUGCUGCUGUUACCAUACUUGGAGGCAUUGUUGUUUUGUUAUGGCAUUGGGCAGAGAAGAGGAACUUGAAACAUGAUGAAUCGGUGAAAAUUGGUAAUGAAAAAAUUGACUUGAGCUUGUCUAGUGAUGCAAAGGUACAUUCCAAGACUGAAGGAUCAAACCUUGUUAAACUGCUUGCAACUCGUUAUGGAUGUCGGCCUGAUUUUCAAGAAAUUUUCAAUUCUUUUUCGGACCGUGUCGGGCAUGUUGAUGUAGGCGUGAUCGUCUGCGGACCACCAAGUCUUCAAUCAACUGUGGCCAAAGAAUGCAGGUCACAGAACAUCAAGGGCAAAUGGAACCAUCCAGUCUUCCAUUUCAACAGCCACAGCUUUGAUCUCUAGAGAUUCCUAAAUCACCUGCAAAUCAACCAAUAUAGUAUGCACUACAAUAAGGCAUCUGUAUGUAUGUAAAUUUCUAGCUUUCUUUGCUUAGUAAUGUAAGUAUGUGUAUUUCAGAGGUGUUUAAAUGCUCUGUUGAAUCAAUAUAUGAAUAUAUAGAGAAGCAAAUAUUUUUAACGUCC